AAACCAGGCAGUACCCGAAACGGCACACGACAUUAACAGAAGCCCUACUACUUUGCUCGACGCACCUCUUCGCGACACAGACAAGUCGUCUCUUCUACAGUUCGACUCUCGACAUGCUCUGCUAGUCCAGGCCCUUUACGCGAUGCUCACCAAGGCCAGCACCUUAUACACAAUACUGCUCGCCCGCCGCCACCAGCCAUGUACCUACCUAGAACGUUAAUCUCGCAGCUCUAUACCAGCCUCGUCCGCUCACAUCAUCCCUUGUCUCCUCCCGUUCUGCUGCUGGUCGCUCUCGAACCUGAUGCACUAUGUGCCUGCCGAAUCCUCACCGCGUUACUCAAGCGCGACUACAUUCCCCACAAGAUCCAACCCGUCUCUGGAUAUGCAGACCUCUCGAAAGCCGGCGAAGACUUGGUACGCCGUAUGAAAAUAUCCGAAGGCGGUAGUGGAGGCAUUGUCAUCUGUCUCGGUGUGGGUGGACUAGUUGACCUCGCAAGUCUGCUAGGUCUGGAAGAUGAAAACUCUCAAGAAGCCAUGUGCGGCGUGGAGGUUUGGGUCCUGGACGCGCGACGGCCGUGGAACAUGUCCAAUCUCUUCGGUGGGCUGCCAAUGGAAACAUCUGCUUCCAUCUCCAGGCCUGUCGUUGGGGUAGAAAGAGGAUGCAUUCAAAAAUCUUACAAACCAGGCAGAGGCGGCAUCAUUGUCUUCGAUGAUGGAGAUAUCGUUGCCGAGCUUGAGGCUGAGAGAGAGGCGUACUGUACGUUAUCCCAAAUGCCAGAGGUCGAAGAGCAUGAGAGCGAUGACGACGAAUCCGAGGAUGAGGACAUCCAAGAUGCUUCAUCCUCAAAGAAGAGGAAGUCCUGGUCGGACAAAGACGAGGGAGAUGGUGGGAGUGACUCGGAAGGAGAAAGGCCCCGUCAAAGGCGAAGAAGCAAUUCUGGAUCGUCCAUUUCCUCCACACCCCGAAGCAGAACGCCGUCCUCUUCACAACCGUCCUCGCCUGUUUCCAAGGCUCAGCCACCGAAACCACAGUCUGCGAAACAACUACGCAGACGAUUACGAAAGUUACGAGAAAAGCACGAGCUGGUGCUUGAAGAAUAUAACAGCCUAGGCACCUCAUACUCGGAACCAGUGUCUACUUUGGCAUACUCACUAGCAGCAGAUUUGGGUCGAGAGGACAAUGAUCUCCUCUGGCUUGCCAUCAUCGGUGUGACAUCGCUCGAGCUGUCUGGUCAUACAGCGACGGGUUUGGGGACUUCAGGAGCAGCGACAAAGACGCUUGAACACCACAGAUCAUGGAGAUCAUCACGCUCUUCACAAACUUACGCGCUGCUACGCGAUGAAGUGAGACGCCUGAACCCUCCCCCUGCCGACCAAUCACCCGCGAUAUCUCCUGGCGCUGGUGGCACUAGUUCCCCUAGUGAUACCUCUAUCCGAUUGACACCAGAUCCACGAUUUCUUCUCCUCCGACACUGGUCGCUAUAUGACAGCAUGCUCCAUUCUCCUUACCUUGCCUCACGAUUACACGUGUGGAACGAACCUGGGGUCAAACGACUGCACAAAUUGCUGGCUAAGAUGGGUGUAUCGCUCACUCAGUGCAAGCAAACAUAUACACAUAUGGACAUCGACUUGAAGAAGUCUCUUCGAGAGCGUCUGUUGAAGUACGCUGGUGUGUAUGGACUGGACGAUCUCGUCCCAUCUGGCUCAGGCCGAGCAUCCUAUGAGCAAGAAGGAUGGGGAUUCAUUCGAUCGUGGGGAUGGAAAGCUCAACUGUCAGCUGUCGACGUGGGCGUCAUACUCGGAGCAGUACUGGACGUAGGCACAUCACAUGUUCCUGCGCCGUCAACCUCCUCAUCAGCAAGUUACAAUGGGUCGUCUCAGCGGACAAACAGCGCCGCUGAUGUCCCUGACCGCUCAGAAGCCCUUCUCCCUCGCUUUUUUGCAGCAUACGACGCACUGGCGCCUACUCAUCCGACACAUCUCCUUGCCGCGAUCCCUGCUGCUCAACAUCUUCUGCGUGCUAUCCUUCGAACCGGCUCUUCUCUGCUUGUGAAGCAUCAGAUCCGACAUCUGCGUGCGUUCCGGAUGGGUGUGGUCAAGGACGGGCCUGAUCUAGGUCUAUUUGCAAACAGCCCUGGCGCACUCGUGAAGCUUGCGCUCUGGGUUGGCGAGGCAGUAGCAAUCAAUGAUCGAGACAAGAAGGGCUCAGAAGGCGCCACCCCUCUCGUCUUGGCUGCUCUGGACGACGCCCGAGGUACAUAUGUUGUCGUCGGCACAGGCGGAGGGAUUGGCGGCGGCGAGGACCUUGAGGCUAGAAAGGAGAAAGCCGAAAGCAAGGCGAAGAAGGAGGCUGAGCGUGAGCAGAAGAGAAAAGUACGGGAAGAAAAGAGAGCGGCUAGAGCAGCGCAGAGAGAGCUCAACGGCGAAGACAGCGACUUCGAGGACGAGACUGAGUCGGAGUCAGAUGCGGAUUCCGAUUCCUCGGAUGAAGAAGAUGAGGUCGAAUUGCAGAAGAGGCGGAAACGCGGUUAUGGGCACAACAGGUUCGGCAUCGCGUUUCAAGAAGUGAUUGAGGAGACGAAUGCUAGGGUCAAAAUUGAUAGUUUUGAUCAUUGCAUCGUGGAGGUCAAGAAAGAGGAUCUCGGCGGCUUCUUGGAGGGGUUGAGUCUCAAGGCUGUGGUGGGCCGAUGAAGCUUCGUUGUACGUGGGGAUGGGAUUACGAUGCAUCUGUGUUGUGACAGAGCGGUCAUGUUUUUCGUUGCAUAUGCUUGGUCUGGCUUUGACUUGUUGAGGCAUGAGAGCGUUGUGUUUUAUGUGAAGAGGCUGAUGCGUCCUUUGAGAAGACAUCAGUACUUUGGAAAAAGCACACCCACGGCUGGCUGGCGUUGACUCUGAAGUUAGAAUGGAUUCUCUGUCUAUGUUCAAAACCGUUGU